AUGGUUUUGCUGAAGAGAGUCACCUCACUCAUUGGUAAACACGAUCAAUGAACUCCUGCAGGAAGAUUUUUAAAAACUCAGUCGACUAAAGAACCUUUCUGAUUUUUUUCCUUUCACAGUGGCUCUCCUUCUGUUUGAGAGGACCGUUGCAAAUCAGAGUAAGUAAAUGAGGAACAUGUCCUGAAUCGAAAAACAAACAUUGAGACUGCUGAAUAUUUCACUGCGAAAACUAAAGUUUGUGAAACUCUACCAAAAGCACCUCAGCGGUACCACCUCAUCAGCCGCUACCUCAACUGGUACGACGCCCGGGCGUUCUGCAGGGUGAAGUACUCAGACCUCGCCACGGUCAACAAUAUGGACGACAACCACCAGCUUGUCCAGGCCCUGAAGGGUCAUGUGACUUACAGCUGGAUUGGGCUUCUGAAGGGAGGCCAGCGCAGGUGGAUGCUGUCUGAUGGUAGCGGUGGGGCGCUGUUCUACAGGUGGAUUGAAGGCGAACCUUCGGGCGGCGAGUGGUGUGUGGAGUUAUUGGAGGGAGACAGCUGGAAUGAUUUGUCGUGUGGCGAAGAGAAAGGUUUCGUGUGUUAUGAACGUGAGUAAAUCAGACAUACGUAACAUAUCAUCUGGUUAGUUAGCUUUUCUGAUGUUGUAACUUCGGCUGAUCACGAUUAGCUGUUAUUGCAUGCUUAAAAUUUCGAUAUUUUGCAUUUCGGUACAGUUUUUGAGAUAUAAAGCAAUUACAUCUAGUGUCUCGAUUGGGGAAUCGCAUCAAUGCAACUAAAUCGACUUUACGAAAAUUAAUUUUGGAGUCAAAAUCUAAUCAGCCGUCCAUCUCGGUUGAAAAGUGACUAAUGCGGCGAUCUCCGAGAGGCUCAGUGGGAUGAUAUAAUCAGCAUUGGGACCAAAACUUGGUCUACUUUUGAGCCACUUUGUUCCAGACCAUCAUUGUGUCACUUCAUCUAUCAUCCCCUUGACAGUAGCCGGGUUUACAUGGCCACAAAUAACCAGACUUAAGGCCCGAUCGGAAUAAAGAUGCUACACGUAAACAAUCGAAUUGUAUUCCGAUUGAGAGGGGUGGUUUAUGCCGAUCGUUAUUCCGAAAUGCAUCCAUGUAAACACCUAUUCGGAUUGUGACUCUUGAACCUGACUCAUUCAUCAAUCUUAGUACCUUUGACUUAUUUAGUGAUGCCAGUACAGGAGGUCCGAUGACAUAACAAGGCGUACAUACAGCGUAAUGAUGUGCAACCUUUUACAGAACAGUGAAAUAAGUACGCAAGGGCGCCAUCUAGUGACAACCUUUAACGGGGGAAAAAUCCUGAACUGGAUGGAGUGAGCCACUACUGCGUUUGUCUGUUUGUUCAUUGACAGCACAGGUGUAAGAAACAACUCUUCUUCUGUGGUUGUUUUAGCGAAAUCAGACAACUCAGCACGUGUCCAAAUGCUUCUAAUCUGAAUAAAGUUUUGGCGCAUGUAAACGUACGUCAUGAUUGGAUUAAGAAAUUUUGCACAUAUAAAAGUUCUUGGCUUCUAUCCUUCAGGGAUGUCCUGGGGGAAUGAAUAAUUACCAUGAGAUAAAUAUUUUAUUCGCAUCUGUGUCUUUAGGUCAAAAUGGCCAAGACAGGUUCGUGUACUACUCUGAAGCGAGAACCUGGGCCAACAGCCAAGAUUUCUGCAGAAGCCGGCACACCGACAUGGCCAACGUCAACAGCGAGCAGGACAACACCGACAUCGUAAACUUAAUCAAAACAUGGCACGGCGCUGUGGUUCUAGAAAACAGAGUGUGGAUCGGUCUGUUCAGUGAUGCCUGGAUGUGGUCCGACGGGGGACUAACCUCCUUCAGGUACUGGCUGAGCGACAAGCAGUACCGGGAGGACUGCGCUUUGGUUUCAGGACAUAAUCAAGGACGCUGGGUUGAUGCUCAGUGUAAACAGGAGACCACGUUUGUCUGCCAGGGUGGUGAGUAUCCAUUCAUGGGUUUGUUUUAUUUUGAAGGAGUUAAAGAGAUAUUCCGGCGUAAAAUUAAUUUAGGGUCAAACACACCGUAACACAGAGUUAGACACCCCAUCCAGAGAUGAAUGUUGACGCAGCUCAAGGAAGAACAUUUAUGGUCAUUUCUUCAUGGAAAUACAAUCAGACCGAGACGCUAAGGCAGAAGAACUACCGCGUCUGCAGUGCAAAAUGAUUAAUAUGAUGAUUAUUACUUUAAGGUAAUGACAAAGAAAUGAUCAUAAAUGUUCUUCCUUGAGCUGCGUCACUCCGCUGUUGUUGGUAAGCAGCUGCUAGAAGAGAGUAGGUGAGUUGUGUUUAGUGUGUUUUCUAAAGAAAUCAGGCAAAGUUAAAAAGAUGUUCGGUGACUGUGACCCUAUAUGUCCUGUUGAUGAAGUUAGGUGCUGUUCUGAGCAUUAUUUGUGGCUAUAGAGUAGCAUUUUGGUUGAGGUUUGUUUAUGGCUCCUCAGAUCUCUCUGUAUUGCUAUCGUGCGGUCGUUACUAAAGUUGGUAUAACUAGAGAAGCGAGCGGUCGGCAACAUUCAUCUCUCAACGGGGUGUCUAACUCGGUAUUAAGGAACUUUCUAUUCGUGUUGACUCUGGCGCCCCCUGUGGACAAAGUGAUGCCCCUGAUCUGUUCACUGAUUUUGAGUUUUCAGACAUAAAAAUCCCAUCCUGCUCUCUAAAGACAGUAAAAUGCUUCACUUAGUAUGAGAAUUUGUCGUUUUUGUAGCUUUAACGCGACCGCACUGACACCUACCCCGCCCUCGCAGCAAGUUGAGGAUUAAAAAUGAAAAUAAAGAAGUUUUUAUUUAGUUGCUGACAGUCUUGAAUUCCUUUUGAGGCUGUCAGAAAUCAUCACAGUCAAUUUUAUAACCAGAUAAAUAUCCUUACAGGAGCUUUAAUAAGGAAACUAGUUUCUUAUAGGUAAUUGCUACGUGUUUUUUUGAGUGUUUUAAUUAUUGAUUUUUUUCAUGGAUCAUUUAAAAAGUGUUUGGAUUAAAAUCAUAAACAUUUAACAGGAGCUUAUCAAAGCUAAACUGUUGAAAUGGGAAAGCUCUGAAAACAAGAACAGUCUGAAAAUGAUCUCACCGUUAACUUUUCGAUUGUGCCGGGAUGUCGCAGAUCUCAAAGUGAAGAAGAUGGUGAUGAAGAUGACGGUGCGCUCUGACGCAAACCUCACAGACGCUACAAUCAGUGAUGCACUCCUCAAACAGGUACAGGUUCAAACAGUAGCUCUUGUUUGAACAGAUUACAAUAUUAACCUCUUUGAAACCAGAUUAAACAUAAUAUCUGGGUAAAAACUUUGAAGUGGCAUCAUGAAAGUGACAGAAAAUCUGUUGUUUCUUUUCAGCUGGAGACAAGUCUCGAACUUCAGUGGGUGACUGAUUUCUCUUUAGGGUGGAGGAGUGACAGAUAUGGAUUCGUCUUUCAACUUUACAAAGAGCUGGAGGACGAUGUAGCGACAGGUCUGUGUUGUUUUCUCACUCUUGAUAGAAUGCUUUAG